GCGCCGCAGAGGACCUGAUCUUUCAGCGCAGUCGCGAAUACUCCACUAUCUCACCGGCAGACAACAUUAUCGUGUCCGAUCGAGCAUCGAGCAAGGAAAUCCAGACAACGAGCAGACGGGGUUCUGGUGCAGGCAACAGAAAGGAAAGGGUAUUCGCAGUGUCAGACUUCCAAGAUGCCGUCAGCAGCCGGUCCCAGAAUGUAUGAGAACCACAUACCGUCGUUCAUGUCGGUGUAUGAUAUGGAGCCAUCAUCAGAUAGUGUCGCGCUGGAUCCUCCCAAACUAUCGGGAUCAUUACAUACGAUCAAAGAGACACAGUCGAGACAACAGUCAGAAGAGGAUACUGAAAACGCCCACACUCAAAUACAUUCACAUCAGCACCGAGAAAGCACGUCGACUCAAGCUUCAGACUCAACCGACUCAUCACCUACAACAACAAUAUCUACCAUAGACUCGUCAUCAUUAUCAGAUCCAUCUCCCAGCUCGUCACCAGAGUCUCCAAUAACCCUUGUCCCAUUAUCUUCCUUCUCUGGAACGACCUUCGGUGGUUUAGAUUCCUUCCAAAAUCUCAAGAUGGUAGACACAAACCCGCUGCGAUUACCUCUUAGCGAUGAGCGACCCAUGACAUCGCCUUCACCCCGGAAAUCGAAGAAUCCCAAAAGUCUUGCCUUGAAUCUGAACUCGAGUGUUGAUAGCUUAAAUCAAGGCUCCGAACCCUCAUCGCCAUCAUUUAUAAAGCCACCGACACUGAAGGGAAGACGGAAACCAAGUCUUUUGAGUUUGAACACAGGUGCUGCAAACAACGUCUCGCUGAAUUUGGAAGCACCAGGAUCACCAUCCGUACCAAGCAUGAUGCAACGACGAGGUCUCAAGCACUCGAUUUCGUCUCCACAAAUAUUGUCGACACCAGGCUUUGGGCCCAGUGGUGGCAUGACAUUCGGUGAAAGAAAGCCUCCACUAGGCGCUUCGAGAUUCAAAGAAUCGAACCUUGCCAUGAAUACAUUCACCAUCGACGAAGAUGUACAAGAAGCCCCUGCUGGUGUUCAAAUGGCCACCCGGAUACCAGGUGUUGCUGUUGGUGGUGACUCUUUUGAUCGGCCACAUUCCGGAGAAGACGCAAAAUCUCCUUCCUAUCCGGAGGGGCCAAUCUUGAUGCACGAACCCAGUGUUCAUCUCUACCUAGAACCGAAACUCGAAGAAGCUAUGAAAUUCGACGUCAUCAUAAAUGUUGCAAGAGAAGUGAAGAAUCCAUUCAAGGCUUUAGAUGAAGAAAAGACAUCGAAAGAAUCGGAACCAGCAGCAUCAGAACCGUCGAGUAAUAUUCUAAACACAAGUGACAUAGCUCCUGAUACAGCCAUUUCGAUGAUGUCGUUCAAGACAGCUUUCGAGGUCCAGCCAUCCGGCUCAACAGAAUCAUCACCUACAACGCCCAAGCCUGCGCCAGACAAAAAGGUGCCCGAGUAUAUACAUGUACCUUGGGAUCACAAUACUGAUGUGAAGGAUGAACUGUGGGACCUUUGCCAAACAAUCGAAUCGAGGACGAAGGAGGGAAAGCGUGUUCUUGUGCAUUGUCAACAAGGUGCAAGUCGAUCAGCAACUCUGAUCAUUGCAUACCAUAUGUACAUGAACCAAGAGUUGGGGCCCAACGAGGCAUAUUCGCUUGCACAGUCGAAAUCACGCUGGGUGAAUCCUAACAUGUCCCUCCUUUUCUCUUUGAACGACUUCAAAAAGGUCAUCGAGGCAAAGAAAUUGGAGAAGAGUAAUGCUGCCCGGAAACCCACAGUGAAGCACAGGCCAACAUUAUCAGCUGAUGGCGUAGAACCACCACCAACACCUUCAAGAGCUCGAGGAAACUCAACACCCAGCAUCUCGGCUCGCGACAAUGCUGUUGCUAAGGCUGACGAAAAGUCAGUACCUCCGACUGAUUCAGCCGUCGAGCGGUUGAGUGCGUUCGAUUUUGGCUUUGGUGGUAUGUCGAUUAGCCAUCAACCGAUUCAGAGGAGUCAGAGGAGCCAUGAAUGGGAAGACUUACUGUCACCGCGAUUGACGGAAAUGACUACCAACCCAAUGCAUGACUUCUCACGCAGCUUUGGUUCCACCCGCGAAGAAGCCCCCACACCCGAACUCUUUUCUCCACGAGCUUUCGAGUUUCCACGAUCGUCCUUCUUCCCACCUCCUUCAGUAUUCCGAAAUUCCCUCGCCGUGGAUGACGACCCAAGAAGCCCACCAAUGAAAGGUGAGGCUCCCAUAACGCGGUCCAUCGACAAUUUCCUAUGAACACGAAGUAAAUAGAAGGCAUUUGAUUUGAAGGAACCACAAAUCCAAUAAUCAGGAUGGGUAGGCGAUUUGGACUAUAUGGAGCUGCAAAUUUGCAUCUAUACCGCAUCACUUUGAUCCGGUUCAUGGUUCAGGGGCAUUUGAAACUGGGGACAGCAAACUAUUCCUUUUUUUUAUAUCAUCGGGCGUUUGCAAGCAAUACAUGCUGUGGAUGUCGAUAACGAUGAAGGGAACAACUAUCCAGGCGUUGCAUCGGUUGGCGUUUUUAUAUUUUCUUUUUAUCUGCGCGCGUGGGUGUGGGCUGGUCUUCCAUCCAUGGACUUCGAUCGUGGAUUCGGAGUAGAUCGCUCUCAAGUGUAAAAU